AUGUAUUUCUCAUUUGUUGUUAUUAAAUUUGUAAUCAGAACGUUGUCUGAGUACUUGGGUUUGGACAACAUGUUAGCUAUUGUUUGCAAGACACUAGAAGGUGUUCAAGCUCUUGAACAAUAUGAGAAAGAUGGCUCCAUUGACAGGAAUACUGGCCUUCAUGGAGUUGCACCAACAAUUGGAAGGACAAUGAAAGGCAGAUUUCAUGUUUUUUGCCUUCAAAACAUGAGACCAUUUGUUGGUGAAUUUAUUUCCGAUGAUCCACAGAAGAAGCUUGCAUUAUUGAAUCCAAGGCUACCUAAUGGGAAGCUCCCACCUGGAUUUUUAGGUUUUGCUGUGAACAUGAUCAGCGUGGAUGACAUGCACUUAUCUUGUGUCACUUUUGAUGGUUAUGGACUAAGGGAAACAUUGUUUUUUAAUUUAUUUUCUCGCCUACAAGUAUACAAAAGCAGGUCUGAAAUGCUAUGUGCUCAGCCUUUCAUAACCGAUGGUGCAGUUUCCUUGGAUGGAGGGAUGAUCAAAGGUUGUGGUUUGUUUUGUCUUGGAGACAGGAAUGACGUUGAAAUAAAAUUCCCUAUCGCUGAUGCAAAACCGAGCAUGCCUAAAGAAGUAUCUGAAAUUGAGCAGCAGAUCAAGUUAAUGGAUUGGAAGAAGGAGAUGCUCUCUUCUGAUAUACUGCGUGAAGAGUCAUUAUUAAACUCGGCAAAAUGUUUGCUAAAAGCCAAGUCUGAUGAAUAUAGGAAGCUCAUCAACGAAGAACUGCUAAUUAAGGGACGAAACUCAUCCCCUAGGCCAAUCAACACAGGCUUUCUACUACACGACGACGCAAGACGACAGUAGGUCUAUUUUCUUGGUAUUGGAGUUUCAAUGGUGCUCCUUUAUUGGAAAACUUGAAUGAUUUCCUGUCAUGCUGUUAUAAUCUCGCCAAAACGGGCUCACAAUUUUGGAGUGAGUUCUGUGUAAUGAGAGGUGCUGAAAAUUCUGCUAUUCUUUCUGCAAUUUAUCUGACAAUAUUUAUAAUUUUAUUUAAAGAGUAGAGCUUCUUGUUAACCCUUGUAAUCUCUUGUUGGAGAAAUGUGAUGGUUGUAAUAGCCCCUUAUUUGGCAGCAUUAUUGGGAUUGAAAAAUUAGUAUCUUUUGUUCUUCGAGAUAGUUUUGG